AUUUUUUUUUUGAGAAGAAAACAUUUCUUUUUUGAAUUAAGCAAAAGCAAAACAUUUAAUCUUCCUCAGACAACCCACCCCUCCGUUUCGCAAAACUGCAAACAUUUCACCCCUCUCUCUCGCUCUCUCUGUGUCUCUCACACACACACACACGCAUAACCCACAAUCUGGAAAUGUUUGGGUGUUCAAGAAAAUCAAUGAUUGAAUUUUAAUUUUGAUUGUGCCGCCAGCGCUAUAAUUUGCGAAUUCACGAAAAGAAAAACAUAGCUGUGGUUGAGGUCGAUGGCGACGAAGAAGAGAGCGAGAACAAGUUUCGAUUCGGCGAUUGUGGAUGUAUGGAGACGUGAACUCGGCCAACUUUCCUCUAGAAACUUCACAAACAGGCUUGCCGCCUCUGAGGUCUAUUUUAUUAUUAUUAUUUUUUUAGACAAGCUGAGGUCUAUUUUAUUACUUCUCCACUUUGAUAUUUUAGACUCUGUUUGUUAUCGAUUUCAGUAUUGUUUUACUCAUUGGUAUAUAUCUGGAUUUUUUUUUGGUGAAAUCGGUUGCUCUGUGUUUGAUUAUGAGAAAAUUAUUAAUCCCCAUUUUCGAUAAUGUUUGAUUUUCUUGGAUAUUAUGGUGAUUAUUUAUGAGGAUCUAGUGCUUCGUCUUGAUGUCUUGCGAAAACUAGAUAGACACCGUGGAUGCGUGAACACCAUUUGUUUCAAUGAGGCCGGUGAUAUUCUUGUAUCGGGUUCUGAUGAUAGAAAGAUCAUACUAUGGGACUGGGAAUCUGGUCGAGUCAAACUUUCUUUCCAUUCAGGCCAUGCUAACAAUGUUUUCCAAGCAAAGUUCAUGCCUUACUCAGAGGAUCAGAGCAUUGUUACAUGUGCUGCUGAUGGGCAGGUGAGACAUGCUCGGAUUCGUGAAAGCGGAGUGGAGACUAAACUGCUCGCAGAACAUGAUGGGCGAGUGCACAAAUUGGCCAUUGAACCUGGAAGCCCUCACAUUUUUUUUACCUGUGGUGAGGAUGGAUCGGUUCAACAUAUUGACUUGAGAACUGAAAGUGCUACAAGCCUUUUUACCUGCAAGCCUCUUCUUCCCCAUAAGUUUUUCCGUACUUUGCAUCUAAAUGCAAUUACCAUUGAUCCAAGAAAUCCAAAUUUGUUUGCUGUUGGAGGAUCGGAUUCAUUUGCUCGAGUUUAUGAUAUUCGUAAAUAUAAGUGGGAUGGAUCAGCAGAAUUUGGUCAGCCUGCUGACUAUUUUUGCCCCAGUCAUUUAGUUGAUGAUUUAAGUGUGGGAAUAACAGGGUUGGCAUACUCUAAUCAGAGCGAGCUUCUUGUAUCUUACAAUGAUGAGUUUAUAUACCUGUUUACAAAGGAUCAUGGAUUAGGACCUAAUCCAUCAAUUUCUUCUCAAGUGUCCGAUCGCAGUGAUGCUGGUGGUUUGACCACUGAUAAUCUUCCAGGUUCAUCUCUUUCAAAUGUUGAGGCUAAUAUAAAAGCUGCUCCACAAUCGUACAGAGGGCAUAGGAACUGUGAGACUGUGAAGGGUGUGAACUUUUUUGGCCCCAAAUGUGAUUAUGUUGUGAGUGGAUCAGAUUGUGGUCGAAUUUUCAUUUGGAAUAAAAAAGGUGGGAACCUUGUCCGAGUUAUGGAAGGAGACAAGCACGUAGUAAAUUGUGUUGAGACCCAUCCUCAUGCUACAGUGUUAGCCAGUAGCGGAAUUGAGCAAGAUAUAAAAAUGUGGAUUCCAAAAGCCAUUGAUAGAGCCAUUCUACCCACAAAUAUUCAGAAGGAUAGGGUCUUGAGUUUGAUACCUCAAAGAUUUGGUUUCUUUUCCUUUGGUGGUUUCCUUGAUGACAAUGACGAUGAUGAUGACUUCGUCUGUUCGGACAAUGAUGAUGAUGAUGAUGAUGAUGAUGAUGACGACGAUGAUGAUGAUGAUGAUGGUGAUGAUGAUGAUGAGGAUGACGAAGAUGAUGAUGGUGACAGUGACGGUGAUGGUGACAGCGGUGAUGAUGAUGAUGACGAUGAAGGUAAGGAUGACAGUGAUGAUAAUAAUGACGAUGAUGGUGGUGGCCAUUGCGACAACGACGACCAUAUCGCCGAGAACUAUGACCAUGGCGGGAAUGAGGUUUCGAAUGAUUGGUUGGAGGAGGAAGACAAUAAUGAGGGAGGUGAUAGUACUACUGAUUUUGUUAUUGAUAGAGACUUGUAUGAAGACUGCGGAUCUGAUCCCGAGACCUAUCAGAACGAAAUCGAAAAUAUCAGCGGAUCUGAGGGCUAUGGUGACACCUAUGAGAAUGAAAUCGAAAAUAUCAGCGGAUCCGAGGGCUAUGGUGAUGCCUACAGUGCUGCUUCUGAUGAUUUUUUACUUGACAUCUCUGACAAUUAUAAUUGCAACGAUUCUGGCUGGUGAUAGAGACUACUACAGUUGAUUUUGACAUGUUGUUGGAUGGUUUUGAGACGAUGCAAAAUGACUCUUAAAUAAGUGGGAUGCCAUGUUUUCUGUUGCUGCUGGUGGUGUUGUUGGUGAUGAUCAUGCCUUCUGAUGAUUUUGCACUUUGUAUUUCCAGACGAUGCCCGGAUCGAGGGGUUGGAUGCACCGUAUGGUCUCUCCGGAGGAUCUAAUGUUGCAGCUUCUUUCUCUCCCGAGGCAGAGGACGGCCUCCGAGAGCCGUGGAGAUCAUUCCGGCGAUCUGCUGCAGCUUCUUCUGACAUUCGAUGCCAACAGCGAUGACGAUGCUGAGACUGUCCCAGUUUAGGGUAACAUUCCGGUGCACCAUGUAAUUAAUAUGAAUGAAGAAUAAACAUGUUUGUUUUCACCUUGUUAGCAUUAUUGCUACUGAAUCUGUGAAUCUUUGGUUUUAAUUUUCAGUUAGUGUCGCCCUUUUGAAUUUUCAA